UCCGCCCCCCCGGUUCCGGCAGCAUGAUGUCGUACCUGAAACCCGCCCCGUACGGGAUGAGCGGGCUGGGCCUGAGCGGAUCCGCCCUGGAGCUGCUGCACCCGGGCCAGGGAUUCCCCGGAAACAGGAAGCAGCGUCGUGAGCGGACCACGUUCACCAGAACCCAGCUGGACGUGCUGGAGUCUCUGUUCUCCAGAACCCGCUACCCCGACAUCUUCAUGAGGGAGGAGGUGGCGCUGAAGAUCAACCUGCCGGAGUCCCGGGUCCAGGUCUGGUUCAAGAACCGGCGGGCCAAGUGUCGGCAGCAGCAGCAGAGCAGCAGCGGCUCCAAGGUGAAACCCCUGAAGAAGAAGUCGUCCCCGAGCAGAGACAGCCCCGGGUCGGAGAGCAGCGGCGGGUUCACGCCGCCCCCGCCGGCGCCAGCGUCGUCCAGCUCCCCCUCCGUCUCCACCUCCGUCUCCUCCGUCUCCAGCUCCGUCUCCUCCGUCUCCAGCUCCGUCGCCGCCCCGGUGUCGUCCAUCUGGAGCCCGGCCCCCGUCUCCCCGGCGGCGCCGGCGCCCCCCCUGCCCGCCGCCGCCCCCACCAGCGCCUCCUGCAUGCAGCGGUCCGGGUCGUCGUCAGGCUCCGCCCCCGGGGGGGCGGCGGCCUCCUACCCGGCCUACAGCCAGACCUACGGCCAGGGCUACGCGGCCCCCGCCCCGGCCUCGGGCUCUUAUUUUGGCGGGGUGGACUGGCCUGUACACCCCCACCAUCACCACCAGGGCCACCACCACAUGGGGCAGGGGGCGGGGGCCGGGGCGGGGGGGCCCCACCACCACCACCACCACCAGGCCUACGCCCCCCCCCUCGCCUUCGGCUCCUCAGACUGUCUGGACUACAAGGAGCCGCCGGCGGCCGCCUGGAAGCUCAACUUCAACGACUGCCUGGACUACAAGGACCAGGGGUCCUGGAGGUUCCAGGUCCUGUGA